AUGAUUAUGAUAAUAUUUUUGGAGUCGAAAAACGUCAUGAGAAUCGCCAUGUGGGCCGAUAAUCGCUACAAAAUCGGGUCUUUUUCCGAACGUAUCAUGUGGGAAAGUAUUAGUGAUUUUUAUCCCUUGUAUGUAGUUUUCGAAAGGAUGAAUAUUUUUUUUCGAAUAACUUUACUGUUUCAAAAAAAAAGGCUCUCAAAAUUUUUUGGAAUAGCUUCGUCGCGGUCGCGUUGCGGUUCUAGCGGAUUUUUUCUUGUCCUCCUGCUUUACGAGGUCAUCGCGCGGAAACUGUCUCAGGUCGGGUGCGAGUUCGAGUAUUGGUCUGAAACAGUUUCCAUGCAGGAACAUCUGGAAAAUAGGAACCGCAACGCGACCGCGACGCCUCGAGCCAUUCCCACUGCGGCCAGGAACACUUAUUUCCAUGUCUACAGAUCCAUUGUACCUUGA